AUGAACAAUGAUUAUGUGGUUCAUGAAGCACCAGAAUAUCCUGAUCAUUCAUCAUUACAAACAAGAAAAAAAAAGACAAAAAUAAAACAGGAAUCUUUGGGGGCAAUAGCGUAUGAGCAAAAACUGGUAAAAAAAUCGGAACAUAUGAAAAAAUGUCUAUGGGUUAAUUGGUUAAAUAGAUUAGAAAUGGACUGGAGGAAUUUCCACUAUUCCUUAUUAGAGAAAAAAGAAAAUUGGUUAAGAGAAAAAGAAAACGAUUGGGAAGUUUUAGUUAAAUAUAUCGAAAGUAGAUGGAACCGGCAUGAUGAACUUAUGAAUUUAUCAUAUAAAUAUUAUAUUUUGAAAAUAUCAGUAACAUGGAACGAAAAUCAAUGGGAGGAAUGGAUUAGAUCUGAAGCAAAACAUUUAAUCCAAAUAGAAUGGGAAAAUUUUGUAUAUGAAAAUGAGUAUUAUUUAGACUUAUGGAUUUUUAAUAAUUGGACUCAGUGGAAAGAUGAAAAAAUUAUGUCAUGGCAAAUGCAAAACUGGAAACUUAAUGAAGAUAAAUAUUGGGCAAAAAUGGCAAAACAUAAAUGGUCCAAAUCGCUAUUUAGUAAAAUUAAAUCAAAUUUAAUUGAAUGGAACAAAAGGAAGAGAACAGAAAAGAAACAAUGGGAAAAAUGGGUUCAUAAAAAACAAAACUUUUAUAUGAAUAAUAAUGAAUGGGAUAUAUGGAUACAAUGGAAAGAACACAAAAUGUUUUUGCUUAAUGAAUUAAAGGAGUCCCUUGUUAAAAAGUGGAUGGAUGAGAAAAAGUGGAUUACCUUAAUUGAAGAAAGACCUAAUAUAAAUUUACAAAAUAACAAACAUGUAUUUGAUAAUGAUAAUAAUUUUGUAAGAAUAGAUUCUGAUGUUUCAUAA